UCAAAAAAUCGUUAUCCUUCUUCUAAACACUGAUUCUCAUUCUCUUCUUCCUUUUUACCCUUUUCACUUCGAAUAUACACGAUACCCGGAUUCGGAUUCGGAUUCGGAUUCAGUUCCCUUCAAAGGUUGCAACUUGACCGCUAUUUCUGUUUUCUAGGGUUUUACAGUCCAAAGGGUAAUCGCAUUUCUGUUUUGGGAGCAUCACCAUGAGAGCCAAAUUGGUUGUGUUCCCAAUACGAGGCAGGAACUGGUGUUUCAGCAGAUCCAUUGACCAUUCACGUUCUGCUUCUCCUACUUCCUCUCAAUCUCCUUCAACCUUCAAAGAGUUAUGGAACAACAUUAACAUUGGUGAUAAACCCCUUAACGCCAAAGCUGAGCUUUGUGCUGACUACAUCGCCAAUAAGAUGAAUAAGGCUUGGAUUGGUUUGGAAAAAGCACCGGAUGGAUCUUUCAAAAAUAAGAUUCAUGGGUUGGGUUUGUGGCUUUUGUCACGGGUUAAGCCGUCAGAGAUAUUUUUGAAAUCUAUACCAAAGGAAGUCACUAGUGUUGAAGUCAUUUACCCAUCAAGUUUGAAUGCUCAACUUGUUCGUCGAAGACUAAGACAUAUUGCUAUGAGGGGAACAAUUAUCCACCGGAAAUACUUCUAUGGUUCAAUUUCAUUGAUUCCAUUGACCUCUGCAUUUAGCGUUUUACCUUUGCCAAAUGUCCCAUUCUUCUGGGUUUUAUUCCGCAGUUACUCUCAUUGGAGAGCUCUUCAGGGAAGUGAGAAGCUAUUUCAACUAGUCUCGGGUAGCUGCAAGAAUUCAAACACUUGCACGGAUAAGAAGGAAACUGAGCAUAAGGACUCUAAAAACGAAACCCAUAGUUCAGAUGAACCAUAUUGGGUAUUGCGGCCAUCUAAAGAGCUUGAGAAACUUAUUCGUCAAGAAGAUGGACAUGACAGCCUUAGUCAACAAGCCAUCGUAGAAAUUUGCAAGACCUAUGAUUUGAACACCAAAGAUGUUAAAAAAUACGAAAAGUCUAUUUUUUGAUUAUCAGUUUUGCGAUGCAAUGUAUUGCAUUGGUAUUUUUUUAAUUGAAUUCACAUGCUUUUCUUGGAAUUUCCUUAACUUUCUACUCAUAAUUUA